AAUCCCCACGACGGUCACCCCAGAUCAUUAUUACUCGUAUGAAUAACAAGUGAUAUAUAUACCAUAGUAAUACAAGGACCAAGCCUGAAUGUCGGCCAUCUCUAACAUAAAUCAACACGUUGGCUCUUGGCGUUGGGGAAUUAGAUUAUUGACAGCAUAAUCGUUGAGCUUCUCAAAGGCGACGUGCAAGAAUUAUGAUCACGUGGUCUCACGCUUAGUGUGAUUGGGGAAGGCGAAGGAAAAGUGUGAGAGUGAUCGGAAGAUAGCCUACUGCUCCGAAAAAAACAAGUGGGAGGAGUAAAUGCAUCGCCAAACUAAGCAUCAGUGACAGAUUAUUUCGUUGGCUCCAUCGACAGACGACCAGAAACAUCAAUACUAACCCAGUGAUCUUACGCGCGGAGAGCAAUUCCAAUUCGCAGUUGGCCUUCGCGUCGGAGGAACGCAACGUGAAAGUUCCCAUAGAAACCUUCUGGUUUGGAUAGCCGCCUCUGGAGUUCUCUUUGCCCUGUCCAGCCGUCUGAUUCCCGCCAUGUCCGCCCCCGGCUACCCCGGCGCCCCCAACCAGCCGCCCUACCCCAUGGGCCAACCGGGGGGCUACUCCAUGGCUCCCUACCCGGUGCCCCAGGGGGGGUACGGGGACCCCCACCAGGCGGCCCCGCCGCCGGGCUUCAGCGUGGGCUACCCGCCCCACCCGGGACCCCACCAGGACCAGCCCAUCAUGUACCAGCCGGGCCCCAUGGCCCCCGGCCCGGGCCCCGGGGACCAGGGCCCGCCCCCGGCCCACAACCCCCAGUACGCUGACUCUCCCAAGGGCAACGCCGUGUCGCCGGCGCCCGGGCAGGUGGUGGUCCCGGUGGGGGUCCCCCCGGGCCUGGAGUACCUCACCCAGAUUGACCAGGUACUCAUCCACCAGAAAAUUGAACUCCUGGAAGCCCUCUUCAGCUUCGAGACCAACAACCAGUACGAGAUCAAGAACAGCCUGGGCCAGAAGAUCUACAAGGCCAAGGAGAAGAACGACUGCUGCACGCGCAACUGCUGCGGCUCACUGCGGAGCUUCGACAUGAAGAUCAAGGACAACAACGACCGCGAGGUCAUUCGCCUCGUCCGUCCCUUCCGCUGCGUCUCCUGCUGGUGCCCCUGCUGCCUGCAAGAGUUGGAGGUCCAGGCUCCACCAGGCACCACCAUCGGCUACGUCAACCAGGACUGGCACCCGUGCCUGCCGCGCUUCUCCAUCAGCAACGCCAACAAGGAGAAGGUGAUGGCGCUGGAGGGGCCGUGCUUUGCCUGCAACUGCUGCGGAGACGUCAACUUCGAGCUGAAAUCCAAAGACGGCAAGGAGCCCAUCGGACGCAUCAGCAAGCAGUGGAGCGGGCUGCUGAAGGAGGUGUUCACCGACACCGACAACUUCGGCAUCCAGUUCCCCAUGGACCUGGACGUGAAGAUGAAGGCUGUGCUCAUGGGCGCCUGCUUCCUCAUCGACUUCAUGUUCUUCGAGAAGGUGGGCGAGGCGAACCAGCGCAGCACCGUCUUCAGCUGAAGAGGAGGAGGACGACGACAGAGGAAGCGGACGGCGUGGUGAAAUCUGGGCUUUUUAUCCCUCCUGCUGCGCGCGCCGCCAAGCUUAACUAGCCAGAGGUUUAUUUUCUUAGGGAAAACGAGCAGAACCUUAUCCGUGAUGCCCCCCGGCCAAGUGCACAGUCACGUCUUACAAACUUUACCCCUGAGAAAAUAAACUUGAAGUUAUUUAAACUAAAUCGGCCUCAGUAGGUGCCCUGCUCUUGUAAUAGUGGCUCUGCACAAAUCGAACGCCGUCAGAAGCCACAGAGUCAGUUCCCUUUUGUUUUUUUCUUGCAUGAUCAUUCUUACCAUGUUCUGUUAUAUAGUGAAACAGGAGGAAGCCAUAGUUAUAGAAAAGCGUCACUUUUUGUAAUGGUCCCCAGUAUCAAGCCAAGUGCGUUUUUGAUUCAAAACGGCCCCGGAAAUUAACCUUUUUAUACGAGGCCCGACAACACUGCCUUUUCUAUGGAGUCCAUUUGACCACGCCCUUUUGGCCAGGCGCUUCUUUGUGAGUGUCAGUUCCUGUUCUGGUAACGCUAUCUCACAGCCCCACAUCUGAAGAAUGCACCAAGCCGGUGACUUGCCUCAUAUCCGAUGAUAUACAUCUAUAAGCUUGAUCUGUCAUUAUCCGCAGAACUUUGUCUUGUGAGGCGUUUUUAUGAUGGUUGUUGUUUAAACCUGUGUUUCUACGAGUAUGAUGUGCUCCCUUGUAAUGGCAUUAUAGCUUGCAUUCUAACUCACCUUUACGCCGCAUUGUAUAGCAACAACCUUAUUUUUUGUAUUUUAUUAUUUCGAUAAAUCCUAUGUUUACGACUAUAAUAUUCUCCCUAAUCAAACCACUCGCUAUCAUGUUAUGUUAUGACAUCGUCAUGGUCGGAGUCGAUGAUUUCCUGUGUGUCGUGACAGGGCUUGCGGUGCCUAAUGGAGUGGGGCCUUUCAAUGCACUCAACAGUGGCCAUCAACAGUUUCUGUCCCUGUGGUGUACCGCAGGGCUUUCGUGUGGCAGGGCGCAACCCGUUUAUAGUGAGAGAGAAUAGAGAGAAAAGAGAGGUGCAUGAGAGACGGUUAAACAGA